AGACGCUUUUUAAAAAAAUGUCUAUGCAAUGCAGAAUGUGUGCUGAAAAGAUAUUUAAUCCGAAUACCAAAAACCUUUUCGACGACGAUGGCGAUGAAAUCGUAUUGAACAUCGAAACUUUAACUGGCAUCCUGUUAAGAGAAGACAUUCAUAUGCCUAACUAUAUUUGCGGCUGCUGUCAUUUGGAUUUGUGUCAUGCAAUCGCAUUUCGCGAGCGUUGUCUGCAAACGGAGCAGUCGUUUCAGCAGAGGAAACUGGAAAGAAUGAGGUUAACAGUUUCAAACAGAGGCUUCCCAAGGGAGUCUAUGUUAUCAAGUCCUAAAGCAAACCCUUCACAUUCUGUAGCACAUCGUCAUCAAACACAGAAACCACCAUUACCAAAAGAGAAAUUAUUCACAAAAGAUAAAUACUCUAAAGUAAACACUCCUGUUGCGGCUACACCAAUGGGUUUAAAGCCCUUGAAUAGUUGGAGCAAUAGUGACGACAACCUGAGCUCGUCAUGUGAUGAUGUGAACGAUUGGAGUGCCGACGAAGCCAGUUCCGAAGCUCCAGUGCCACAACAAUUGCCGUCAACUGAUGGUGAUGUUGAUGCUAAAGUGAAGCUUACAGAACCAACUGAAAGUGUUGAUAAAACCAAGAAUAAAACGACCAACAAAAAAGAUGAUAAAUUAGACAAAUUCAUCUGCGAAUUAUGCGGUCUCCAAUCGAAUUCAAUCGCCAACCACGAGCUACACAUGAGACGCCAUAGGGGUGAGAAGAAUUUCAAGUGUGAGGAAUGCGGCUCUAAACACUACUCCAAAUAUCUGAUGCGGUUGCACAUUCGUGUGAAACACGAGGGCGAAAAGCCAUUUGCUUGCAAAUUUUGUGACGAACGCUUCCACUCGGGCAGCACACGGAUUCGUCAUGAAAGAGUACGUCAUAUUCGAGAUUGGGCGUUUGAGUGCAAGAUUUGCGGCAAAAAGUAUUUGACCAAGUCGUGUUUGAAUAAACAUAAAUUUUUGCACACAGGUCUGCGUCCUUAUCGCUGUGACCUGUGCAAUGUGGCCUUUCCUCGAAGACCUGGAUUAAGGAUUCACUGUCGUACAAAGCAGCAUCAGAAGCGAGCCAGCGAAGCGCACAUAAAUCCAAAUGAUGUUCUCAAUGCUGCUCCCACCGUGGUCAGCAAUGACGAGACUAACGUGGCCAAUGAAGCAAUUCCGUUUCCAGACUCACUAUUGGCGGAAUUAGAUGUGUAAAUAAGGGUAUCUCAUGUGCUGUGGAGCCUAAGAUAUAAGCGGCAGUCACACGGAAACGCGUGUAACAGCUGUACUUAUUUGCCAUUCGCAUUUGUUUGUUUACUACAAAUUUUAAUCGAAGCAAAAACACAUUUUUAAGGCUGGCUGAAAUAAAGCAAUAUAUUUUACAAAAAAAUAAAAAUGUCACAAUUAAUUUUGUGUAGAACAUGUGGAGAAAAGAUUUAUAAUCUCAAUGCUAAAAAUCUCUUUGGUCCGGAAGGUAGGACCCUUUUAAAUCAGCUACACAUGUUGACGGGCAUCUACUUAACCGAGGAACCAGACCUGCCAAAGCACAUUUGUGCUUGUUGCCAUUUAGAUUUGAACCAUUCAAUCAGCUUCCGAGAGCGCUGUAUCCAAACAAACAAAUAUUUGCGAAAUGGAAAAGGAGCAAUAAUAUCCGAUCCACU